AUGUCCUCCGGACGUCAGGCCAUCGUCAUCGCCAUAUCCGGCUGCUCCUCCAGCGGCAAGACGACCCUCGCCCGCCUGCUGCGAGACAUCUUCCCCAACACCUUCAUCCUCCACCAAGACGACUUUUACAAAGCAGAAACAGAACUUCCAUCCAAGAAUGGCAUGAUUGACUGGGACUGCGCCGAGGCAAUCGAUGUGCCCGGCAUGGCGGGUGCUCUCUCCUACAUUCGCCAGCAUGCCACCUUUCCCCCCGCCCUCGAUUCCAAGGAGGACCAAAACUCGGUCGGGAAAUGCCCCGUCCCGGCCGCCACCAUCGUCGCCCUCAAGUCCAAGGUCUCGGCUUCGCUGCCUCCAACGCAUCCGCUUCAUACCCCCUCCCUACGCCUCUGCCUCCUCGAUGGUUUCCUCCUCUACGGUCCUUCCAUGUCCGUCUUGCAGCCUAGUCUUGACCUCAAGAUCUUCCUCCGUGCAUCCUACGCAAGGGCCAAGGCUCGUCGUGAGGCCCGGGACGGGUACGUCACCCUCGAGGGCUUCUGGACCGACCCCCCGGGCUACGUCGACAAAAUCGUAUGGCCAAACUACGUGGAGGAGCAUGCGUGGAUGUUCGAGGGUGGCGAUGUGGAGAGAGCCUUUAAAGUGGACGUUUUGGACAGGGAGCGCAUCAAGGUGUUCCCCGAUGCGCCCGUCGAUGCCGCCAUGGACCAGAUGCUGAGCUGGAUGGUCGAUGUGAUCCUUGAAGAGGUGCAAAAGCAUGCAUAG